AUGGCGAGGGUUCUGAAGGAGCAUUGGUCUGAGGUCUUUCGCCAACAGGCUACAGAUCAGCAUUUGCGGCAGGUCUGGUUGCAGGAGGAGGCGCGCCACUUCCCCCCUGACCUCUCCAGGCACAUCCCUGGCGAUGUCGCGCCGUAUUCCGAGUUCGAGAAGGCGAUCGCGAACGCGAGCGACAGCUCCCCCGGACCCGACGGCAUCCCGUUCAAGGCAUGGCGUCGGCUCGGACCUCUGGCUACGCGGGCCUUCUACGACGCCUUCCUGACCAUCGUCAGCCCCAAUGGCCUCGAUCUUUUGGCACAGGACUGGGAUGCCUUCAAUGAGAGUUCCAUGGUCUUCCUCCCCAAGAAGCCUGUCGGCACAAUGGCGGAGGGGCUCGACACCUACACGGCCAGCACCAUGCGCCAUUGA